UGAACAUGGAGCGUACGGCCGGCAGGUCCAUAGAGGAACAGAGUAGCUCUACACUAGGCUACCCGGAGGAGCAGCGAACAUCUGCUGAAACGUUUAAUGGCAGAACUGUACCUCACUCGGACAUCACACACAACGCACAGGUACCUCCAGAGCAGAACAGCACAGACCAAGAGCACAUCAAGGAUGACUACAAAAAAUUGGGAACCCUUUUUGGCGAACUGAAUAAAAUUCUACUUAGCGUGGGCUUUUCCCGAAUGUACUUUGGCGAAAGGACUGUGGAACCAGUGCUGCUAUUAUUUUUUGGAGUUAUGCUUUGGUUUCUUGGCAUUCAAGCUUUAGGACUGGUGUCUAUUCUCUGCCUGGUCAUUAUUCAUAUACAGUAAUGUGACAGACCUGCUGUUGGAGCUCAUCGGAUUCUUUGAUGUGAAAUUCUUGUAUUUAUAAGUUGUCUUAAAAAAAUUUGUUUCAAAUAUGAAGGCACAGACCAUAAAACAAACUAUAUGAUUAGUGCCAAAUUUUGCGUUGAUAAAUUAAAACCAUUUUUUAAACAUUUA